AUGUCCUCUUCUUCAAACUCAGUCCUUUUAUUUGGCCUGAUAAGCUUCAUCGACCUGGUGACUGGCUUAACAUUCUGAGCAUUUUUAUUUUCCUGUGUUUUAAAAUCCUUGAUAAAAAUUUCCACUUGGGCAGAAAAAUUGUUUAGCGACCCAACUAUGGGUGACUUAGAGCUCAUUGUGGAGAUUGUGGCUGGUGACUGCGGGUUAUUUGACUUUUUGAAUUUUCGCUUUGACCCUGAUACUGAUCUCACAUUAAUUCUUACUUUGGCUUUGCUUCCAAUCAAGUUUUCAGUCGGAAAGCAUUCGACUGGCUCCUCAAUCACAGGCAGGGGGAUAGUAUACCUUAUAGAUUUUUGAAAAGAGUCUGGAGGCUUAUGAGUUGUUUCCUCAGCUGCGGUCAGAGUCCUUGCCUUUUUCAAUGAUAAGCUCUUCUUCAGCAUUUUUGUAUCUUUAUCCUUUGCGCCAAAUUCUGACAAGUACUGCUGAGCAAUUAUAGUGGUCAUUAAAUUUAUAGUAAGCUAA